AUGGACCCAACGGCAAGAAUGCAUAUUGAUUGGGCCGCCCCGGUGAUCCACCUGUGCAGGGUAGCUGACACCAUCCAUCUUGUUCAUGCUGUCUCAAGUAUGAAGCCGGACUUGUUUUCUCAUUUGUUUGGUCGUCUGGAGAGAGAGACGGGCGAGAGAAGGAGAGGCAGAGACAUAUUAAUAGCCGUUGAUCAUGGUCCUAACAGCAAGCAUGCUUUUGAUUGGGCCCUCAUUCAUCUCUGCAGGCUUGCUGACACCAUCCAUCUUGUUCAUGCAGUUUCAACUGUGAAUAACGAGAUUGUUUAUGAGGCCAGCCGGGAGCUCAUGCAGAACCUUGCUCUAGAGGCUCUUGAAGUUGCUAUGGUGAUGACCGAGGCUCGGAUUGUGCAAGGUGAAGCAGGUAAGGUAAUUUGCAAGGAAGCUGAAAGGAUGAAGGCUGCAGCUGUGGUUAUGGGUAUCCGAGGCAGAAGCUUAAUGCAAAGUGUACUGCAGGGAAGUGUGAGUGAGUAUUGCUUCCACAAUUGUAAAUCUGCUUCUGUCGUAAUUGUUCCUGGAAAAGCUCCUAUCAACAAACAACAUCUCCAGCUCUCUGGUUUCUAUGAGUAUCAUAUUGAACUUGAACCAAUCAUUGUUGGUGGCAUCUACCUGUGGAUAAUUAGAGCGGUGAGAAUUCAUAAGUUCAUCAAAGUAAGUUACAAAUGCAGAAAUUUUUUGAACAUUCAUCUAUAUAUAAGCUCCAAAAUGAAAUUUUCUUUUUACUACAUAUUUAGUUUAUAUGGUCUCUGUUUGAUCAAUCAAGAUCAUCCCAGAUUAGACAUCCGCAAUAAUUCUCAGACACUCUGA